AUGGCACUGGCUGGUCAUGACAGCCCCCCCUUGCCGCGGAGCUCCCCUCCGUGUGCACCAGUGCAAAAGCCACCGCUCUACCGGCAGCGGCACACCUCCCCCCCCGGGGACGGCAGUGGGGACACACGGACACACACACACACCCCCAGCACCCACGGCCCGGGCCCCGUGCCCACCUCGCUGUCCAGCCAGCCCCGAGCUCAGCCCAGACAGGGUCCGCGUUUGGGGCACCUUCCUCACCCCAGUCCCCAGCCUGUGCCUCACGCAGCCCCUCUGGAGCACUGGUGGGCACCGUGGGAAUAUCCACUGGUCUGCUCUUCCCCAAGGCAACCUGCGAAGACGCUGUGGUACGACCGCCCGCGGUACGUCUACCUGGAGUUCUGUGUCGAGGACAGCACGGAUGUUAAGGUCGUCAUUGAAGACCAGCGGCUGGUGUUCAGUUGCAAAAAUGCAGACGGCGUGGAGUUCUACAACGAGAUCAACCUGUAUGCCAGGGUCAACUCCAAGGACUCACGGGAGAAGCGCUCCGACCGCUCCAUCACGUGCUUUAUGAGGAAGUGGAAGGAGAAAGUGGCCUGGCCCCGCAUCACCAAGGAGAACAUCAAGCCAGCCUGGCUCUCCGUGGACUUUGACAACUGGCGAGACUGGGAAGGGGACGAGGAGGUGGAAAGGGCCAUGGUGGAGCAGUACGCAGAGCUCCUGGAGAAGGUGACGGACAAAUGUCCAGUGGCACUCAAAGCUGUUGCUUGCAUGUCUCUUCCAGGACAGCACCUCAUCACUGCCAUCGCAGAACAGAUGUUUGGAUUCAAGACAACUUCAUGGGAGCUGGGCCGUCAGCGAAGCGUCAUUGAGUUGGACACCCCCUCCGUGACAGCAGAGCAAAUAGAGGCCCUGGAGAGGAGCGUGAAUGAGAAAAUCCGGGAGAGGGUACCCGUGAUGGUGAGGGAACUGGCUGAAGACGACCCCGAAAUUGAAACAGUGAGAAGCCGUGGUUUGCCAGAUGACCACGCGGGGCCAGUGCGAGUUGUUGACAUCGAAGGCAUAGACUCCAACAUGUGCUGUGGGACUCACGUCUCCAACCUGAGUGACUUGCAGGUUAUUAAACUCCUUGGCACAGAAAAAGGGAAAAAGAACAAAACCAACUUGGUUUUCCUGGCAGGAAACAGAGUGCUGAAGUCAAUCGAACAAAGUCACAAUACUGAGAAGGCUCUAACCUCACUGCUCAAAAAUGGACCAGGUGAGCACGUAGAGGCUGUGAAGAGGCUGCAGAGUUCUGUGAAACUGCUUCAGAAGAAUAACCUGAACCUGCUCAGAGAUGUUGCUGUUUUGAUAGCACGGGAUUUCAAGAGCAAACCUGUUCAAAGUCAGCUGUUUGUGUUACACAGGAAAGAGGGUGACUCCGAAUUUAUGAAUAUCAUCGCUAAUGAGAUUGGGACAGAGGAAACCCUGCUGUUCCUGACUGUGGGAGAUGAAAAAGAAGCAGGACUCUUUCUUCUAGCUGGACCUGUUGAAGCAGUUGAGAAUUUAGGUCCCAGGGUGGCAGAGCUGCUGGGAGGCAAAGGAGCUGGGAAGCGAGGCCGCUUUCAGGGCAAGGCAACCAAGAUGAGUCGACGAGGAGAAGCGCAAGCUCUGCUCCAGGAAUUCAUCAGCCAUCGAAGCCCUGAAGCGGAGAAGAAGGAAUGAAAUGUGGCAGGAAUUGGAGGGAUGCUCAGAUCAGUAAAUCCCCCUUAAGAGACCAAACUCAGCUGGUCACCAGUUGCGGCUGCCUGCGAUGGAACUGGGAGGCAAGAAGACAAGAUGCUGUUGUCAAGCCUGUGAGCAUGGAAGGGAAGGGUCACUGAAGGACAAGUCUCCAUCAGCCCUUUUUUUUAAAGAAAAAAGGAACUGACUUUUUUUUUUCUUGGCUACUCAGAAAUCUGCAGCUGCUGGAGGUCUGAAGAUGUUUGUGCUAAUGCCAUUGCUGGCCUCUGGACUCCAGGGCAGUCUUGGGCAGCAGUCGCUGUUGACCCAGCUGUGACGCUGAUGGAAGCGGCUGUCAGGUAACACCCGCUUCAUCCCUGCCGUCCCAAAGCUCCACUGCGGCAGCAUCCAGUACGUUCUUGCAAAAGGGGAUUUCAUCCAUUUGCAGUUGGCCUGGCAGAACCAUGUUAACCCACACGUGCUGACAUGAGAAUUAAAUGCGGACAGAAGCAGCAACCUCGUGCUUUGUUUUGCAGGCAGACAGAAAAUGGUA